AUGCAUCCCCUUCAAGUCACUUCGGUCAUUCUCCUUGGCCUCAUAUCCAACACCUCAGCUCGCUUCUCCAAAGCUCCCAUCUUCCCCCGAGCAAUAUCCCCAAAUAACACCUGUGGAUUCAACGGUACCGCAGGAGGAGGAGCAGAUGGCUACACUUGCCCCUCAAGCCUUCCUUGUUGUUCCUCCAAUGGAUUUUGCGGUAAAACAGAUGAUUAUUGUCUAAGUAGUAAUGGCUGUCAAUCCCAGUUUGGAAAUUGUACAAGUCCAGUUGCUAUUACCGGAAGUAAAGUAGUGAGUACGGAUGAGACAUGUGGGAUCAUCGGGGCUGGGACUCAGGGAUAUAGCUGUCCGACUGGAGAAUGUUGUUCUAACAAUGGAUAUUGUGGAACUACAUCGGAUUAUUGCUCUGCUACUUCAGGUUGUCAAUCAGCGUAUGGAGUGUGUAACAAUGCUACAAAUACCACUACAUCAACAAGUACAGCAGGCACCGGCACAGAUAGUCUCUGCGGACCAGGCGUUGGUACUUGUGCGUCAGACGAAUGUUGUUCUCUUGCUGGAUAUUGUGGUACCACCGAAGAAUACUGUACCGCCCCCGACUGUCAAUUUGACUACGGACCCGCCUGCGACGCCAACGCAAUUCCCACCGGCGCAAACACUUCCACCAUCGCUCGCCCAGUCCUAGGAUCCGUCCUCUACGGCAGCGACGGUAUCUACGACUGUGCCACGCCCGGCGACAUGGCUCUCACCUUCGACGACGGUCCCUACAUCUAUACCUCUCACAUUCUCGAUCUCCUAGCCCAAUACAACGCCUCCGCAACAUUUUUCAUCACCGGUAACAACAACGGUAAAGGUCACAUCGACAACACUUCGCUCGAAUGGCCUGCGCUCAUCAAACGCAUGUACGACAAUGGACAUCAAGUCGCAUCGCACACAUGGAGCCAUCCCGAUCUCUGCAACAUCACCAGCGCACAGCGCAAAAACGAAAUGUGGAAGAACGAAAUGGCAUUGAGGAAUGUGAUUGGUGUUAUCCCCACAUACAUGAGACCACCCUAUUCAAGCUGCACCGCAGAAUGCGGAUGUGAAGCCGAUAUGGAAGAAUUGGGAUAUCACAUUACCUAUUUCUCCCUCGACACACAAGACUACCUCAACGACUCCCCCACUCUAAUUCACAACGCACAAACCAUCUUCUCCAACGCCCUCAACGCCUCGAAUCCCGGCACCGACCACCCUCUCGUCAUCUCCCACGAUAUCCACAAUCAGACGUCGCAGGUGCUCGUCGAGUAUAUGUUGAAGAUGGCGGUGGCGAAGGGGUAUAGACCCGUGACGGUGGGGACGUGUUUGGGCGAUGAGAAGGCGAAUUGGUAUCGUACGGAUACGGCGUCGACUUUGGGGUAG